GAACAAGGAGUCCACGGCUGGCACCGUCUCGGCCAUGGGGAAGGACUACUACAAGGCCCUGGGGAUCCAGUCGGGAGCCAAUGAGGAUGAGAUCAAGAAGGCCUACCGCAAAAUGGCCCUCAAAUACCACCCGGAUAAAAACAAGGACCCCCACGCGGAGGACAAGUUCAAGGAAAUCGCUGAGGCCUACGACGUGCUGAGCGACCCCAAGAAGCGGGCCGUUUAUGACCAGUAUGGAGAAGAAGGACUCAAAACGGGUGGUGGUCCCUCUGGACCUUCUGGAAGCACCUUCCACUACACCUUCCAUGGAGACCCUCACGCCACCUUCGCCUCCUUCUUUGGGGGCUCCAACCCAUUCGACAUCUUCUUCAGCAGUAGCCGAUCCAGGGUCUUCAACGGCUUUGACCACGAGGACAGCAUGGAUGUGGACGACGAUAGCGACGAUCCCUUCAGUGCUUUCAGCCGUUUUGGGUUCAAUGGCCUCAACGGGGUCCAUCGGCGGCACCCGGAGCCCAUCCACAUGCGCCGGAAGGUGCAGGAUCCCCCCGUGAUCCACGAGCUCAAGGUUUCUCUGGAGGAAAUCUACCACGGUGCCACAAAGCGGAUGAAGAUCACCCGCCGGCGGCUGAACCCGGACGGGCGAACGAUGCGGAGCGAGGACAAGAUCCUGAACAUCAUCAUCAAGCGAGGAUGGAAGGAAGGCACCAAGAUCACCUUCCCCAAGGAAGGAGAUGCCACCCCUGACAACAUCCCGGCCGACAUCGUCUUCAUCCUGAAGGACAAGCCACACACUCAUUUCCGUCGGGACGGGACAAACAUCAUCUACAUGGCCAUGAUCAGUCUUAAAGAG